AAUAAUAAUAAUAAUAAUAAUAAUAAUAAUAAUAAUAAUAAUAAUAAUAAUAAUAAUAAUAAUAAUAAUAAUAAUAAUAAUAAUAAUAAUAAUAAUAAUAAUAAUAAUAAUAAUAAUAAUAAUAAUAAUAAUAAUAAUAAUAAUAAUAAUAAUAAUAAUAAUAAUAAUAAUAAUAAUAAUAAUAAUAAUAAUAAUAAUAAUAAUAAUAAUAAUAAUAAUAAUAAUAAUAAUAAUAAUAAUAAUAAUAAUAAUAAUAAUAAUAAUAAUAAUAAUAAUAAUAAUAAUAAUAAUAAUAAUAAUAAUAAUAAUAAUAAUAAUAAUAAUAAUAAUAAUAAUAAUAAUAAUAAUAAUAAUAAUAAUAAUAAUAAUAAUAAUAAUAAUAAUAAUAAUAAUAAUAAUAAUCUGCAUAAUAAUAAUAAUAAUAAU